GCAAAAUACUCUGCCCAUUUUUCCUUUCGUCGUUCGCCUUCGAGUCAGUAUUGUUUGCGUCAGUGUCGAAAUAUGUGUCCGGUAAAUCGAGGUUGAUAUGACUAAAUUUAAAUUGGAGUUGUUCGAGAAGGUCAUCUUUAAAUUUUUCUUUGAUUCAAUACAAAGUUACAUUGUCGUAAAUGUCUAGAAAUGAAACGAAGGCCUUAUUUACGUUUACUUGUUUUUGGUUGCUGUGUAGCGCUCGCAACGGUAGUAAAUUUAAGCUUCAUUAUGGAAAACGUACGUCGCGUCGAGAUGGAAACAUUUGAGGCAGAACAGAUAGAAGUACACGAGUCAGUCACAUCCAGAAUUCCCAUCACUUUAGUAAUUUGCAAAAAUACCGGAGAUUGGGUCAACGUGGAUAAAAAGAAUGUACGCACGUCGUGGAAACGGCAAAAACAGCAAUUUGCAGUGAUCUUUGCAUCCAUGUUAUACUUCAGUAAAUUAUCUUCUAUACGUAUCAUUUUGUUGACGGAUAGCGUCGAGACAUACGUGGAACUGCUGUCCACUAUCAGCGGUUGGCCGCAGCAUCAGCGCCGUCGACUGCACUUUGAAAUGCACAAUAUUGAAGAAGAAAGGUUCAAAGAAGGCCAAUUGUUGCAAUGGCGUCCUUGCGCGUGGACCAAAAUGUACCUGCCCGAAAUGCUUGAAGACUUUGAUGCUACGAUAUACAUGGAUUCUGAUGUUCUCUUUCUAGGCCCUGUUGAGGACACGUGGGCAGUUUUUCAGCGCAUGGGAGAUGUCGCAGCGAUAGCAGCAUCAGCUGAAAUGUGGUACUUAGAAGAAGGGAACAAUCGUCCAGCGGCUGGCAAAUAUGGUAUCAACACAGGCGUGAUGUUCAUGAACUUGACAAGACUCAGAAAGAUUUCUUUGGCCGAAAAUUUGAUGCUGUAUACUGAUUCGGAUCCAGCUCCUCGCCACGACCAAGACGUGCUUAAUGCCUUUUUAAAAUACCAUCCACACCUUCUGCACGAACUGCCCGCUCGAUAUAAUUUCCUACCAUCCUCUUGCCAAAAAUCGGCUCCAGUUUGCCAGGAGUGUCUCGACAGAGGCAUUCUUGUGAUGCACGGAGCAGAUUCGUCAUUCUACAGAUUUGUCGACGCCAAGAUGAAGAUGGUGUUCAGAGUGCUGCUGGAGGUCAGCUUCAACUUCUCAGCAUCUCUAGAGCAGCUGGUGCAGCGUCUUGAGGCCGGCCUGGUGAAGCUUCAUAAAGAGAACCACAUGUACAUAUACAUGUGUCAGCACCUGCCGCAUUAUGACCUGCAACUUAUGAGACAUGCAAGAUCGUUGCUUGCAAGUAAAAUUUCUAAAUAAAUCAUGCCGACUA